UCUCUUACAAAAGGACUCAGUUCUUCAGGAAAGUUUCUGGUCCCUGGACUGUGGCACAGGGAUUGUGCAUUGCACCUGGCAAGAAAGUAAAGGUUUUUACUUUCAGAAGUAAAAGUUUGCUCGUGAAAAGAAACUCCUGGCUCCUCAGCCAUGGAGUUUACGGUGUAAAUAUACUUGAGCUUCUGCUAUGGAAAAACAUCAUGGGUCCCUGUGUCCUGGCUGGCUGGGCUUCUCCCUUAGCUCCACGGGAAGAUAGAAGGGUGAGGGCCAGAUGCUUGCGUAUCCCAAAAGGCUCUAACCUUGCCUCUCUUUCCUCAGGACCCAGAAGUCUACCAGAAGCAGAAGGCAGCUCUACUGCUCUGCAAAGGAGUGGGAUCCCUUCAGCUAUGAAGCAAAUAUUUAACCUCUAUCUCUUAGGCGUGGCGCUGACCCUGCUUUCCAUCUUUGUUAGACUGAUGGAGUCACUGGGGGGCUUACUGGAGAACCCAUCGCCUGGGAGCUCCUGGACCACCAGAGGUCAACUAGCCAUCACAGUCCCCAAGAGCCUUCCAGAACAUCCAUCCAGAGGGGUGUGAUAAGACCUCCCUCCACCAGCUAUAACCUUGGAACACGUGGCCUACACCUGUCCAGCCUGGUGUCCCAGUUUCCUGGGGAGGCAAGCCCAGCAUCCAUGUUAGCAGAGAACUGUUACUAGGCCCUGGAAGGGCCCUUCCAUCUGGAUGCUUCUUGCCCUGGAAAAAGACUGCUUCAUAGGCAGGUGUGAGUGGGUUGCCUCUGGUUGUGGAAUGGAGUGAUUUCACUCUUCUCCCCAGAGUCUGCUGUGUGCUUGGUUGUCCUUGGCAGCGUGGCUCUGACCUCUUAGAUGAGGGUUUGUGCUGUGAUUUCAGCUGUUGGGAGAUGACGGUGUUUUCAGCCUUACUUCCUAAACAUCGGUGAAGCGUUCCUUUGGACCUGCGUGUCUUAUGGUCAGUUUCUUUGUGUUUAGCUUCUCUUUUGUGUGAGCUCCUCUGUGUGUGGGUAACAGUUAAAGAGGGGCGACUUACAUUUUUAAGUCUUCCAGCUUAGUGUGUAUGUCUUGGUCUGAAGGGGACAGUGGGAUGAAGCCUGCUCGGGACGUGGGCAUUAUAGCCACCAUGUGGCGUAAGUGAAUUUUUCUAAUGAAAUAAAAUUGAAUACAUAUUUCCA